AUGGCUAAUCCGACAUUGGUUGUUGGGAAUACAUUUCAUGAUGCAGCUGAAUUUAGAAAAGCCGUGAGACAGUACAAUAUUAUCAGAGGGAAGGAUCUGAAAUUCAAGAAAAAUGAAAAGAAGAGGAUUGUGGUUGUUUGCAAAGAUACAAAUUGUAGGUAUAGGGUAUAUGGGAGGCAGUUGGAGAAUGAGAUGACAUUCCUUUUAGUAUCCCUUAGGCCCAAACACAGUUGUUCCAGGAAGUACCACAAUCAUAUGGUCACUUCAAGUUGGAUUGCUGAUUGUUGCAUGGAUUCUUUUAGGGAGCAGCCAAACAUGCCCAUAGAUGUGUUGCAAAAAAAAGUGAAAUCCAAAUAUAAUGUGGAUGUCCAUGUCAGUUCUCUGUAUAGGGCUAGGAAAAAAGCAAGAGAAUCAAUCUAUGAAAAAUUUGAUGAGCAGUACCAUCGGUUGUGGGAUUAUUGCUCCAUGGUUAGGAGCACUAAUGUAGGUAGUUGUUUGCUAUUGAUGGUUGAGAGACCAAUGCCUCAGGUGCCAUGCAGAUUUCAGAGGAUUUAUAUUUCAUUGGCAGCCAUGAAGAAUGGUUUUCUUGAAGGGUGUAGGCCUGUUGUGGGUCUUGAUGCAUGUUUUCUGAAGGGAACGUAUAAGGGGCAGUUGAUGUCUGCUGUGGGCAGGGAUGCCAACAACAACAUGUACCCUAUUGCAAUGGCUGUCGUAGAGGCUGAGACGAAGGAUAGCUGGACAUGGAUCUUGGCCCUACUCCACAUGGGUUGA